CUGGGUCUGAUGGCAGCUGCGUCCAACGUGAUACCUCUUGGCCUGCUGUACAUGAGACCCCUACAGUGGUGGCUCAAGACCAAGCAGUUCUCCCCGAGGGGAAACCCACUUCGCAUGAUCAAGGUCACGCGGCGCUGCCUACGUGCCUUGGAUAUGUGGAGGAAGCCUUGGUUCUUGUCUCAGGGCCCGGUGUUGGGAGCUCCUUGUCGCCGCGUGAUGCUAGCGACGGACGCGUCCCUCACCGGCUGGGGUGCGGUCAUGAGUGGCCACCCUGCCCGCGGUCUGUGGAGUGGUCGCCAUCUGACAUGGCAUAUCAAUUGCCUAGAGAUGCUAGCGGUCUAUCGAGCAUUGACAUUUUUCCUCCCAGACCUGAGAGGUCACCAUGUGUUGGUGCGCACCGACAACACAGCGGUGGUCUCUUACAUCAACCACCAAGGAGGUCUGCGCUCACGCCGUCUAAACAAACUAGCGUACCAGAUCCUUGUGUGGGCCCAGGACAAAUUUCUCUCGCUCAGAGCGGUUCACAUUCCUGGGCAUAUGAAUAUGGGAGCAGACAUCCUGUCAAGGCAGGGGCCGAGGCCCGGGGAAUGGCGGCUUCACACCGAGGUGGUGAAGCAGAUUUGGAGAGUUUUUGGCCAGGCUCAGGUGGACCUGUUUGCGACUCGAGUGACAUCGCACUGUCCCCUCUGGUUCUCUCUGACUCAUCCAGCUCCACUGGGGCUGGACGCCAUGGUACAGACGUGGCCGAGGCUUCGUCUGUACGCCUUUCCCCCGAUUGCUCUGCUCCCGGGAGUUCUGGAGAGAGUGCGCCGGGACGGAGUUCGGCUGCUGUUAGUAGCCCCGUUCUGGCCGGGACGAGUGUGGUUCUCGGACCUGAUUUCCCUCCUAGACGGCUCUCCCUGGGAGAUUCCCGUCAGGAGAGAUCUCCUCUCACAGGCGGAGGGCACCAUAGUCCACCCUCGCCCGGAGCUGUGGAAGUUAUGGGUGUGGCCCCUGAGGGGGCCGCCCUUCAAGCCUAUUGAGGAGAUCUCCGAUCGCCUUCUCUCUAUUAAAACUGUCUUCUUGUUGGCGAUUUCUUCUCUCAAGAGAGUUGGGGACCUGCAGGCCCUCUCUGUGGCCCCUUCUUAUAUAGACUUUGCGCCCGGUCUGGCUAAAGCUUUCCUUUACCCUCGUGCAGGGUAUGUCCCUAAGGUUCCCUCCUCUACACCACGGCCUGUUGUACUCCAGGCCUUCAGUCCUCCUCCCUUCGGGGAGCCAGACCAGAAGAAGCUUAAUU